UCAAAGGCAACCAUCGUAUUUGAAAACAUGGACCCUAACAGGAUGGAUGAAGGAAAGAGUGGAGAUGGAGACAUUUCAUCUGUCAUGGGAUUCUCUGGGUUUGGUAAGAAGGCCCGUACAUUUGACCUUGAUGCCAUUUUUGAACAAACCCGACGAACCGCCAUUGAGAGGAGUCAGCAUGCAUUAGAGGAGAGGCAGAAGACACAGAAGGAGGGAGGCGGGGAAAGCUCCACGUCAGUCAAAGCAUCAAUCCACACACAAAGAAACAAACCUGCUGCUGCUACUUCUAGAAAACAGGAGAGUGACAGCAGCAGUGACAGCGAUUCAGACUCUGACUCUGGCCUUAUUGGGCCUCCACCACCUCCUCAACAUACAGCCCAGCAUGACGAUGAUGAUGACGAAGAGCUUGUGGGACCGCCUCUCCCACCAGGUUACACAGGCAGCACAGCUCACAGUGAUGAAGAUGAUGAAGAUGAUGACGACGAUGAUGAUAAUCCAGUGAAGAAGAUUCCAGACACUCAUGAGAUCACUCUGCAGCACGGCACCAAGACAGUAUCAGCUCUUGGUUUAGACCCCUCUGGAGCCCGGCUGGUGACUGGUGGAUAUGAUUAUGAUGUGCGGUUCUGGGAUUUUGCUGGGAUGGAUCAGGCACUGCAGGCCUUUAGAUCCCUGCAGCCCUGUGAAUGCCAUCAGAUCAAGUCCCUGCAGUACAGCGUCACUGGUGAUGUCAUCCUGGUGGUUUCUGGCAAUGCACAGGCCAAGGUGUUGGACCGUGAUGGCUUCAACGUCAUGGAGUGUGUGAAGGGAGACCAGUACAUCGUGGAUAUGGCCAACACUAAGGGCCACACAGCUAUGUUGAAUUCUGGCUGCUGGCAUCCCAAGAUUAAAGAAGAGUUCAUGACAUGCUCCAAUGAUUGCACUGUGCGCACAUGGGACCUGAACUCAGACAAGAAGCAUAAGUCUGUGUUUAAACCCCGGUCUGUCCAGGGGAAGAAGGUCACCCCCACAUGCUGCACCUACAGCCGUGAUGGGAAGCUCGUUGCAGCAGGCUGCCAGGAUGGCACCAUCCAGAUCUGGGACAGAAACCUCAGCGUCCACACAAAGUUUCACUGCCGGCAAGCCCACACUCCAGGAUCAGACACCUCUUGCCUCUCCUUUUCCUACGAUGGUGUGACUCUAGCGUCACGUGGAGGUGAUGACACUUUGAAGUUGUGGGAUAUACGUAACUUCAGGAAGCCUGUGAAUGUUGCUACUGGACUGACAAACUACUUUUCUAUGACUGACUGCUGUUUUAGCCCAGACGACAAGCUUCUGGUAACAGGGACCUCAGUGAAGAAAGACGAGGGAAAUGGGAAGCUGGUUUUCUUUGACCGAACUUCCUUCCAGAGGGUCUAUGAAAUAGAAGUCACCAAUGCAAGUGUUAUCCGCUGCCUGUGGCACCCAAAACUCAACCAGAUAAUGGUGGGAACAGGGAACGGACUGGCCAAGGUCUACUACGACCCCGUCAAAAGUCACAGGGGCGCUAAACUGUGUGUAGUGAAGAGCCAGAGGAAAGAGAAACAAGCGGAGACGCUGACGCAAGAUUACAUCAUUACACCUCAUGCCUUACCCAUGUUCAGAGAGGCCCGACAGCGGAGUACUCGGAAACAGCUGGAGAAGGACAGACUUGACCCCAAGAAGUCCCACAAACCUGAGCCUCCUGUGUCUGGACCAGGUCGUGGAGGCAGAGUCGCAGCUCAUGGUGGAACUCUGUCUUCAUUCAUUGUGAAGAACAUUGCUUUAGACAAAUCAGACGACAGUAAUGCCAGAGAGGCCAUCCUCCGUCACGCCAAAGAGGCUGCUGAUAACCCUUACUGGGUUGCCCCAGCAUACACACAGACCCAGCCAGAGCCAGUGUUUGCAGAGGAGUCAGACGAGGAUGAGGAAGCUGACAAGGAACCAGAGUGGAAGAAGCGCAAGAUCUGAGUCUCUUCGAUGGCAGCUCAGUUUCUACAGGAUAGCAGACAGGGUGGGCUUGUGGUUGGAUAUACAGCACGCUAACCACAAGGUCUCAGGAUCAAUCCCAAAACAAAACUACUGUCAGACACUCUGCAUAGGAGCAUCAACUAAAUUACUAAAUUGUCCAGACUGUCCUUUUAGGGUGCAUGUACAGUAUUUAUGUGUGUGCUUCUGUGUUAAGGGGCAGCACAUAAAUGUGCUCACUGUGCAAGCACUAUAUAAUGUAAGUAUAUGGUCCUCCCAUGGCAAUUCAUCAACCACUGAAAGAACUUUUUUAUGUCUGUUUUUACUGUGUGAACUUCAUUUCCAUUAUGUGUAUUGUCCUCUGCUCCCACAUCUUUAAAAAGUUUGCUAAUGCCUCAUAAAUUGUCUCCAGAUUUUGUGGUCUGGUGCUGCCCAUCAAAAAUUUGCCAGAUUGUAAAAAGUAAAUAGCAAAUAACUAAAACUUGCAGAAAAAUGUACUUUGUUUUUAUAGGGUUUAGUUUUAGUUUAGUUUUUUAAACUGUUGUUGUUUUGUUGGCUGCGAUACAAAAAACUUCAUUAAACCAUUGAUGCAAAUUUAGAUGUUUUCUACUUACUGUAUUCCUCCUCACAACCUAAAUAAAGGAAUUUGUAUAUUGUUGCUAAAACAGUGAAAUUCAAUGUAAAGU